AUGUAUUUCCCUGUGUUGGCCGGAUACAAUCCCAAGAAUAGCGAGGAAUAUGCUUCUUUGAUUUUAAUUUUAACUAAUGAAUUUGAAACCCGUUUUCAAGAUUUUCUUAAGAAUAGUCAACUCUUUGCUAUUUUCGCAACAUUAUUUUCGGAUGAUAUUACUGCUGUGGAAACUAAAUUUCAAAUGGAAUGCAUUGAGUUGCAAUCAGAUAUUCAACUCAAAGAAAAAUUCAAUCAGUCAUUUUUAUUAGAUUUUUAUAAAUUAUAUCUACCCAAAGAAACAUAUCCAGUCCUUCAUGACCAUGCCUUAUUCAUGUUCUCGCUUUUCGGCAGUACUUACAUUUGCGAACAAUUGUUUUCAAGAAUGAAAAACACAAAGAGUAAGAAUCGGUCCACUAUAUCAGACAAGCACCUUAAAAGUUGUUUAAGGAUUUCCACAACUUCAAUCGAUCCACAUAUUGAUUCAUUACUUCCACAAAAAAAGCAAUUUCAAAUUUCACAUUAA